AUGGAAUCAGCUGAUCCGCUGGCCGCGGCUUCAUCGCCUGCCGUGUCAGGAUCCUCGAGAGGAGGCAAGCGUAAGAGAGGCCAGGCUGGCGAUGGACAAACAACUGGCAGUGAUGCCGUUAUCUUGGCCGGACUGCAAGAUGCCAGCGGUGACACCGAGAUUGCGGGAGAACCUCUCGCGAAACCCCGAAAGCGUGGUGGGUCGAGAAAGCCGAAAGCAACACUUAGUCGAGCAACAAGUGUAAGUGUAGUUGAUUGUGAGACUGAGUGGCCCGAAUCCUUCAGAGCUCUCGAGAAGACACACCGCGCUCUGAACCUCGUCUAUACCUUUUGUUGCACGCGCAAGCACCUCGCUACAACCUUCGAUACCAUCAAAUCCUCAGUCGAGUCGCAUACCAAGAAACCCCUCACCAUCGAGGACGUUGCAGCUAUAGCCGCUCUGCGGCCAGAGGCGGUUAACUUCACCUAUGUUGACGAAAUCAUGCUCCAGACAGAGAUCAUGGGAAGCGAAAGAGAUGAAACGUUCAAGACCGGCCGAGCCAAAGACUUUCGCGCCCAAGGCCCCGCCCCUGAUGCCUCUGUUGGAGGUAUAUCAGGCUUGGAUGGCUUGGAUCGUCACCGCGAUGAUGGGGUAGUCGGUGGAAAGGAGAUACUGUAUUUUGAGUUUGUGGAUGGUGAUCUCAAGCGCCAGGUCCAGGACAGGAAGACUGGAGAGCCUACGAAAGCCACGCGGAAACUGAAGGACGAAAAGCUGAAAAUGCCCGUCUACAGCCAGAAGCAAAUGACGACACUCAUCGACAGACGCAACCAAAAGUUCUCUAACAGCAUCAGCGUGUUCUUGAAUCGUUGCUUAAGAGAACAAAGAGAUCCUGUCGAAACUCUCAAGCUAGAGGCGCAGGCUUACAUCCCUAUCCCGACGGUAACGGAUGACAUUGCCACUGGCACCCAGCUGGAUAGCCUCCCAGAAAGUAUUCCCGCCGAACGAAAGAGCAUACCGGAGAUUGUCGACGAACUAAAGGAAAGCCCGUGGUAUACAGGGCAGAUCGUCCCUGAUGGGCACCGGGUCUUUGAACCACAAGAAGCUGUAUAUGGUGAUCUGGAUUUCCUCCUCAGCCAAGAUCUGGUAAAUGCCUUAUUCAACGCAAAAGGUAUCACGCAAUUCUUCGCGCACCAGGCAGAGGCUCUGAAUGGACUGCAUAAUGGGCAGCACGUCGUUGUUGCAACAUCGACCAGCUCUGGAAAGUCGCUCAUCUACCAGCUGCCUCUCGUACACGCCCUCGAGCAGGACAUGAAUACACGGGCAAUGUUCAUCUUUCCGACUAAAGCACUUGCGCAAGACCAGAAGCGCAGUUUAAAGGAGCUAAUCUCUUACAUGCCCGGCAUGGAAGAGGUGGUUGUUGAGACCUUUGAUGGGGACACUCCAAUGACUGAGCGGAACAUGAUUCGGGACGAGGCUCGAAUUAUUUUCACCAAUCCCGACAUGUUACACAUAACCAUCCUGCCCCAAGAGGAACGCUGGCGAACGUUCUUGAAGAAUCUGAAGUACGUGGUUGUCGAUGAGUUGCACUACUACAACGGCCAGAUGGGUUCGCACAUGUCGUUCAUCAUGCGACGACUGAGGCGCAUAUGUGCGGCAGUGGGCAACCGUCACAUCAAAUUCAUCUCAUGCUCUGCCACCGUGGCAAACCCCCAAGAACACUUCAAGACGGUCUUUGGCAUCGAGAAUGUGCGCCUGGUCGACUUUGAUGGGUCCCCUUCUGGACGCAAAGAGUUCUUGUGUUGGAACACGCCCUACCGAGAUCCGGGAGAUCCUGCUAGCGGUCGCGGAGAUGCUCUGGCUGAGUGCGCCCGACUUUACUGCCAGCUUGUCCUCAGAGGUGUACGUAUCAUCGCCUUCUGCCGUGUACGAGAGCAAUGUGAAAAGCUCGUCAAUGCUGUCAAGUCUGAGAUGGACUCGCUCGGCCGUCAAGAGUGCAUGGGCCGGGUCAUGGGCUACCGAGGAGGCUACACCCCCCAGGAUCGACGUCAGAUUGAGAGUGAGAUGUUUGAGGGCAAACUUCUGGGGGUUGUGGCGACCUCCGCUCUAGAGUUGGGCAUCGACAUUGGCAGUCUCGAUUGUGUGCUUACCUGGGGAUUUCCAUACACCAUCGCUAAUCUGCGCCAGCAGAGUGGCCGAGCAGGCCGGAGAAACAAGGACUCGCUCUCCAUUCUCGUCGGUGACUGCUUUCCCACAGAUCAGCAUUACAUGCAAAAUCCUGAUGAGCUUUUCACCAAACCCAACAGUGCACUCCAGGUUGAUCUGGAAAACAUGUUGGUUCGAGAAGGCCAUAUUCAGUGUGCAGCAUACGAGAUGCCCAUCAAACCAGUCGAGGAUGCUCAAUACUUCGGGAGUGAUCUUGCCAAGGUUUGUCAGGAGAGGCUCAUCUUGGGUGAACUGGGCUUCUACCAUUGCCACGAACGUUUUCGCCCACAACCUGCCAAGUUUGUUGCCAUCCGCGACACAGAAGACGAGCAUUUUGCCAUUAUCGACGUAACGCACGGCAAGAACCUUGUUCUCGAGGAGCUCGAGGCUUCUCGUGCCUUCUUCACAUUAUAUGAUGGAGCCAUUUUCCUGCAUCAAGGAAGCAAAUACCUUGUACGAGAUUUCGAUCCAGAUCGGCACAUGGCGCGUGUGGAAAAGGUCAAUGUCGAGUGGAUCACGAAGCAGCGCGACUACACAGAUACCGACCCUAUCGAGACGGAAGCCAUCAAGCGCAUCAACGGAUCCCUUUCAAAGGCAUUCUAUGGCACCAUCAAGAUCCAGCAGAACGUCUUUGGCUUCUUCAAGCUGGACAAGAAGAAGCGGGUCAUCGAUGCGGUUCACGUCAGCAACCCUCCCGUCAUCCGGUAUGGCAAGGGCAUGUGGCUCGAUAUCCCGAAGAAGGCCUUGUUGAUCUUGACGGAGAGGCGACUGCACAUUGCAGCGUCAAUUCAUGCUGCCGAGCAUGCUAUUCUGAGCCUGAUGCCCAAUUUUGUCAUCAGCAUGCCCGGCGAUGUCCGGACAGAGUGCAAGGUCGCGCUGAAGGAGUUUGCGCAGAAGGAGUCACAGCGGAAACGGCCUGCGCGGCUGACCUUUUAUGACGCCAAGGGCGGCGCCAGCGGGUCUGGUAUCAGCACAAAAGCUUUCGAACAUGUCGAUCACCUGUUGAAGCAGGCUCUGGCUCGAGUCGAGGCGUGUUGGUGCGAGCACGGCUGUGUUGAGUGCGUCGCUUCGGAGCUUUGCAAGCAAGCAAACGAAGUCAUGAGCAAGGCAGGGAGCUCUGUCAUUUUAAAGAGCUUGCUGAACAUGGAGAUCGAUAUCGAGGCGUUGCCCAUGGGUCCGGAAGAGUAUAGCCCUGCUGGUAUCGAGACGGUGAUUUUGGCUCAGCCUGUUCCACCAAGGGACCGAGCCCUUCUCCAGGAGGUGGGGGUCAAGGAGGAGGAUUUUGAGGAGCGGGAGACUGCCACUUGGAACGAAGUCCAAUUCUGGGAUGGCGGUUCGACGUGA